AUGUUCUGGAGCAAAGGGCCGAGUAAGUCUCCGGACGACAAGCCGGGCGACGGGAAGACGACGACCGAGACCGAGCUCUUCAGCAGGAGCAAAGACAGGCCAGUCAAGGGCGAGGCUGGCUUUAGCGAGGAGAAGCUGCCGGACUCAAAGAAGCUGCCGCGAUCGCUGCAGAAGAUUGUGGACAAGGAGGAACACGACGACAACUUUUACGACGAGGUUAUGUCUGGAUAUGCUUCGCAGUCGACGGACUCGAACGUGCGCUAUGCGGCCUACGCUGCGCGGCUGCGCACGAUCCUACUGUCGGCGCACCGCUACGUGGCCUACACGUCAGACGUGGGCGAGUCGUUUCGGCCGGUGGCCCAUCCGGGACUCGUGCGCGGCGCCUACGCCGUCUCGUGGGCAUACAUCCUCGGCGACGUCGGCUACGAGGGCUACAAGGCCUACUGGCAGAAUCAGCGCCAGCUGCACCCGGAGCUGCGGCUGACCGAGCGCCAGAGCAAGCUGGCGCGCGUCGAGGCGGAGCCCAAGACGGCCGUCGAGGCCGAUGCGACCGCCAUCGUUCCCCAGGCCGUGCCGGCGCUGCAGGACUACCGCACCGUCAUGGCGCAGCGCGCGCUGUUCCAGAGCAUCGCCAGCAUGGGCCUGCCAGCCUUUACGAUUCACAGCGUGGUCCGCUACGCGGGGCGGGCGCUCAAGGGCGUCAAGAACGUGACCGUCCGGACGUGGGCGCCCAUCGGGCUCGGCUUGGCCGUUGUGCCGCUGCUGCCGUCCAUGUUUGACGAACCGGUCGAGAACGCGGUCGAGUGGGUGUUCCACAAGAGCUUCGCCACGUUGGGCGGCCACGACGCCGUCGGCAACGCGCCAUCAACAGGACGCGAGAAGUCUCUGAGUGACAAGCCAAAGGAGAAGGAGCUGUGA